GGCCACGUGACCCCGGCCCCGCGGGAGCCGAGCGGUGAGUCCAGUUCCGCGAGUCGGAGGCGGGCCGGGCACGCCCUGCCCCCAGCGCGCCGCGACCAUGCUGUCCCGCCUGCUGAGAGAACACCAGGCCAAGCAGAGUGAACGCAAAGAGCUGCAGGAGAAGAGAAGGCGGGAGGCCAUCACUGCAGCGACCUGCCUGACAGAAGCUUUGGUCGAUCACCUCAAUGUGGGCGUGGCCCAGGCCUACAUGAACCAGAGGAAGCUCGACCAUGAGGUGAAGACCCUGCAGGUCCAGGCAGCCCAGUUUGCCAAGCAGACAGGCCAGUGGAUCGGGAUGGUGGAGAACUUCAACCAGGCACUCAAGGAAAUCGGGGAUGUGGAGAACUGGGCUCGGAGCAUCGAGCUGGACAUGCGCACCAUCGCCACGGCACUGGAGUACGUCUACAAGGGGCAGCUGCAGUCGGCCCCCUCCUAGCCCAGCUGCCCCCGCUUUCCCCGCCCCUCCUGCUUGCCCCAGGCGGGCGGGAGGGAGGCUGAUAGCCCCUGAAUAAAACACAAGCCUCCGUU